AGCUGGCCGCCGGGGACCAGGUCCCUCCCGCGAGCCGAAGUGAUGGAGGGGAAGAUAUCUUCUUAGACACACAAGCGCGCGCACAUCCCGCUGGGCACGUCUCCAGGAGGCUGCAGCCGGCUCCAGCGCGCCAGGGACCGGGCGGCGGCUGUGACAGAGCGAGCGGCGGGGAGUCCGCGGUCCGCACAGCUUGGCACCGGCCACCGGAGGACGCAGAGAGAGGGAAGAUCUCCGCCUCACUGACUGUUGCUCUUUUGGAGGCAUCUCCAAGGACCGAGCUUCCUGACAUUGUCACCGCGGACGCCCGAGGCUCUGCCCCUCGCGUGCGGAGUCCGGGUCGGGUGUCGGUGCCCGCGCCGGGCGAGGAGAAUGCGAACCUCCUCCAGCAGAGCUCCUGCGGUCCCCUUCACUGCGCGGACUCGGGCUCCCGCAGCUGCCCCAGACGUGCUCGCGCCGCGGGAGCGCGCCCUGCCGCACCGGGCUCCAGCCUCCUAGGGAAGUGCGGGAAACGCGCCCUAAACUCCACUACUUCUCUUCCCUACCUCUCUGGCUUGCCGCUCCCAGCCCCAGACACCGCAGCCGCCGCUGUCGCCGCCCCAGAGUGGAAGCCCGGGUACUGUGCUGCUUGUCUGCUCUGCUCUGCUCGCCGGCUCGCUCCUAGCUGAGCAUCCCAAACUACUGGACAACUGCCACUGCGAUCGCGGGAACCCCUCGGUUGAUCCUGUGCGACUGGUCUGGGCCACCACUUUCCCAGACGAGGCUGUCACCACAAGGGACGACGGUGAGUGAGCACCACGCGCUGCUGGCCUCGCGCGGGAGAGAGGAGAUAACCAGGCCCAACUGGCUUUAGACUGGUGCUUUCUGCUGCCCACCUCAGGAUCUUCAACAGCCAGCUGACACUCUCAGAAACCAGACAACCCACUUUGUCAUAUUUGGAAGUCUUUCCUCCGUAUAUACAGAACUUCCUGGAUGAGCAUAAAGAUGUGAAGGUGCUCACAGGGAAGAACAGGAGAACCAGGAGGUGAGGAGAGACCAUGAGACAACCACUAGCCAGAUAAUCCUCUUAGGAGUAACUGAGGCGUGUCUGAAUGUAGGCUGCUGCAGUCCUGAAGGUUGAUGGAGGGCCAUGCUAUUCAAACAGCAGGUGUGGCUGAGACAGAAGCUCCUGGUGCUCGGAAGCCUUGCUGUUGGGAGCCUCCUGUAUCUAGUUGCCAGAGUUGGGAGCUUGGAUAGGCUCCAGCCCAUUUGCCCUGUUGAAAGUCGAUUUGGUGGUGCCCAAAACCAGGCUGAGUUCCCACUCCGAGCCCUGCAGUUUAAGAGAGGCUUGCUGCAUGAGUUCCGGAAGGGCAACUCUUCCAAAGAGCAGGUUCGCCUCCAUGACCUGGUCCAACAGCUCCCCAAAGCCAUCAUCAUUGGGGUGAGAAAAGGCGGCACAAGGGCCCUGCUGGAGAUGCUGAACCUCCAUCCUGCAGUGGUCAAAGCUUCCCAAGAGAUCCACUUCUUCGACAACGAUGAGAAUUAUGCCAAGGGCAUUGAGUGGUACAGGAAAAAGAUGCCUUUCUCCUACCCCCAGCAAAUCACAAUCGAAAAGAGCCCGGCGUAUUUCAUCACAGAAGAGGUUCCGGAAAGGAUUUACAAGAUGAACUCAUCCAUCAAGCUGUUGAUCAUCGUCAGGGAGCCGACCACAAGAGCGAUUUCUGAUUAUACUCAGGUGCUAGAGGGGAAGGAACGGAAAAACAAAACCUACUAUAAGUUUGAGAAACUGGCUAUAGACCCUAAUACCUGCGAGGUGAACACGAAAUACAAGGCGGUGAGGACCAGCAUAUACACAAAACAUCUGGAGCGCUGGCUGAAGUACUUCCCCAUUGAACAGUUUCACAUCGUGGAUGGGGAUCGUCUCAUCACAGAACCUCUGCCGGAACUACAGCUGGUGGAGAAGUUCUUAAACCUUCCUCCGAGGAUAAGUCAGUACAAUUUAUAUUUCAAUGCUACCAGAGGGUUUUACUGUUUGAGAUUUAACAUUAUCUUUAAUAAGUGCCUAGCGGGCAGCAAGGGGCGCAUCCAUCCAGAGGUGGACCCCUCCGUCGUUACCAAACUGCGCAAAUUCUUUCAUCCUUUUAAUCAAAAAUUUUACCAGAUCACUGGGAGGACAUUGAACUGGCCAUAAAAUAAUAUAGCAAACAACACCAUGUGUUGUACCUAGAGACGCACGGCGUCCCCUCUACAUUAAAAUAUGCACUUUCCCAGACACAACUCCCCAAUUCAUUUUUCCAUAAAUAUUUGUACAUAUGCAGUGUGUGACCAAAUAUGAGAUCAACUGUUUUUCUACUGAAACUUUACAAAAAAAUAAAUAACAAAUGGCUGUCUACAUGGUUGCAUCUUUAAAGCUAUUUACAGAAAGAAAAUAAAAGGGAAAAAAAAGGGCUGAUGGGACUGGUGAAAGUGACUUCAGAUAUUCUCGUCAGUCUUCCUUUGACUCAGAACUGUCACCUGCUAUUGUCAGAUUUAAGCCAAAAGAUGAAUGUGUGAAAAUGUACCAAUGGCUACGAAGCUUCAGGAAGUAGAGGAUUCGGUUUUAUGGUUCCUUUGUUUGUUUUGUUUUGUUUUGUUUUGUUUUUGUCCUAAGCAUUGGCUCUUUAAUUCAAAUACUGGAUUGGUGCCAUGAAAACAGAAUAUGCUAUUUUCUUAUAAUUUAAAAGAAUGUCUUAGCUCAUAAAAUUGACACUGUUUCAAAGUUCUUGGGGUGAUUUUGCACUAUUGUUUCCUCGUACGGACCACGGUGUCAGUUGUAGCAUGUCAGUCACGCGUUGGAGAAUCACUACAUUCUUUACUUCCAUGUUAUAUGUCAACAAAGAAAAAUGUCCUGUAGAUAUUUGUAAAUGAUGUAAAUACUCGUUUCACACUAAGUAAUUCUAUUUUGUAAACUGAAUAUGGCUAUUUAAUUUAUUGUGAAAAUUAAAUUUAUUGUGGUAUUUAAAACGGAAUGGAUUAAAAUUACACGAUGUGCAACUUUCCUUAAAAA